GAGGGGCUGGGGCGGGCUCCGGCGGGGUGCGCGGCCGGGGCUCGGGCCCCCGGAGCGAGCGGGCGGACGGGAUGCGGUGCGGGAAGAUGGCGGCACCGCCGCCGCCGCCGCCUCCAGCCAGGGCGGCGGGCACCUGGGGCGGCGUGCGGCGGCGCUGCCAGCGGCUGCUCUACUGGGUGCCGGUGCUCUUCAUCUCCAGCAUCCUCUGCUGGUCCUACUACGCCUAUGUCACCCAGCUCUGCCUGCUGACAAUGACAAAUAUUGGAGAAAAAGUUGUGUGCCUGGUUGCUUACCACAUAUUUUUCAUGCUGUUCGUCUGGUCAUAUUGGAAAACAAUCUUUACGCUACCAAUGAAUCCUUCAAAAGAAUUUCAUCUAUCAUAUUCAGACAAGGAAUCCCUAGAGAGGGAGCCUAGAGGUGAAUCCCAACAAGAAGUCUUAAGACGGGCAGCCAAGGAUCUUCCAAUCUAUACACGGACAAUGUCUGGAGCAAUCAGAUACUGUGACAGAUGCCAUCUUGUAAAACCAGACCGUUGCCAUCACUGCUCUGUAUGUGACAAAUGUAUUUUGAAAAUGGAUCACCAUUGCCCUUGGGUGAACAACUGUGUAGGAUUCUCCAAUUACAAAUUUUUUCUUCUCUUCUUGGCUUACUCGCUACUGUAUUGCCUGUUCAUUGCUGCAACGGAUUUACAGUAUUUUAUCAAAUUUUGGACAAAUGGCCUUCCUGAUACUCAAGCCAAGUUCCACAUCAUGUUUUUAUUCUUUGCUGCAGCUAUGUUUUCUGUCAGUCUGUCUUCUCUCUUUGGGUAUCACUGUUGGCUUGUCAGCAAGAAUAAGUCUACAUUAGAGGUAUUCAGAGCUCCCAUAUUUCGUCACAGAACAGACAAGAAUGGCUUUAGCUUGGGCUUCAGCAAAAACCUAAGGCAAGUGUUUGGCGAUGAGAAGAAAUACUGGUUGCUGCCCAUAUUUUCAAGUCUAGGGGAUGGUUGCUCCUUCCCAACUUGCCUCGUUAAUCAGGAUCCUGAGCAAGCUUCCACACCUGGUUGUCUUAAUUCAACAUCCAAAAAUGAGAACCAUCUGUUUCCUGCAAAGCCGUUGCGUGAUUCCCAGAGCCACCUUCUCACAGAUACACCAUCUUGGUCUGAAACCAGUGCAAAGGCUGAAAAGGGCAAAGUUGGUAUGAGCAAUCCUGCAUUAACCAUGGAAAAUGAAACCUAAUUUCCCUAAAAAGAAACAUUUUGAAUAUGUAAGGAAAGUUCAAGAAAAAGCUGUUGUUGGAAGGAAAAUGAAUUCUUCCACGUAUCAGCCCUGUUGGUCAGCUGCUCCUGUGAGGAUGUGCUCAGAAGACAAACGGACAGAUGACUAGCUGUCUCCAUGUCACUGCUUGAAACAUGAAACUAAACAUACUACUACUUCUGAACCGUAUAAGGAACGUUUCAACUUAGAAGUUACUGAUUUGGAAUGGUUAAGGAUGAUGAGUAUUAGGAAAUUUAAAAAACAGAGUCUGAGUUUACAAUUGUAAAAAUUCCACGGCUGAUUGUACUUCAAUAUUCAGCACAAGAAAGGUGUGACCUCCUUAUGUAUCAGUCCAUGUUCUCGCCUUGGUUGUGAAAACUCACCUGUUAAUUGCUAUAAGUAGCUGACUUCCAGAUCAAGGUUUUGCACUACCGGCUUUACAGAUUCGGAAACGAACCAGUAUUGAUUAUGAAGAAUUUAGUGGCUUGGUGGACUGUGUUUUUAUUUCGAGCAUUCGAUAAGCACGUUUUGCAGAUACGGGGACCCCAGUGAAGUGUGACUAUUUAUGAAGUAUUUUUGGAAAACAUGAUUGCAAGAGCUCCGUUGUCCCUCAGAUCUGGACUAUGAAUAGCUGGAAAAGUUGUGGAGGGGGGAGAAAGUCCUCUGUUAAUUGAGUGCUGCAGUGGGUCACUGGCAAGUGGAGUGAUAAAAAGCCUGUGUUCAGAUGGAUAAUACAUAAAUGAAUGUGGCCAGGUGGGGAUUUUGAUUGGAAUUGCACAAGACAGUGCAAGAAAGAAAUUGGGGAUUUUAUUGUGCCAUUUGGAGCCAUUAGCCCCUUUGAGAAAUGAAUGUUGGCACUUAACUUCGAUCCAAAAGGCUUUUUACCAACCUAUGUUCCCAAGAGCCACUGUCUUUCCAAAUCCUCAUUUGUUAUUAAUCAAUAGUUGUCUCAGAUCUGUUUUUCACUUUUCACUGUUGUUUUUUAAGACACUGCCUUUCUUACUGCAUAACUUAAUGAAUACCUUGUACAGUCAAGGACAUGGUUAUAACUUGUGGUAUUUGCUUUUACAGGACAGCAGACAUUUGAUUGCAAUACCAAAAAAACAAGCUGCUGCAUGUAGGAAACCCCCUUCAACUGAGUUAGAAGCUGGCAGCUUGCUUAGGAUCAGAAUUUACCAGCCAGAGAACAAAAGAUGCAUUAUCAACUUUCAAAGUUAGGGAAGUUUCAGCUACACAAAUCUAAUUGUCUUGUGCCUUUUGUAUACACUGCAUUUAUGGUAUCAGUGUUUACAUUUAAAUGCAAAUUGUUAUUCUGGAAACAACUUUAGGAGGAACUCGGUAAUGCUUUCUAGGUGGCUAGAUAAAAGGACUAGUCCAAAGAAAAAGUUAAAACCUCUCACACUAAGCUAAGUUCAGUUGAAGCAGAAAGGUACGUCUGUUAUCAAACCCAAGUCACGUAGCAGGUUGGUUUGCAGUGUGAAGAUGCCCGUGUGCUUAGAAAACUGGCAGCAGGAGUGACAGAUCUCUGAAAACAAAAAUCUUACCAUUCACUCUACUACAGGCAGGUAACCUUAAAAUCUGUCUUUUCUGGGUUUUCAACUGCAGUGACAGCUGUUGGAGCACAACCGUGGCUUUUUUUUUCCUAAUGAGAAAAAUGUACUUAUUUGACUUUUUUUUUUUAAUAGAAUCUCAGAACUUUACCAGCCUGAAAACAUGUUUCUUGCCAGAAGUGCCAGAUUGUGGAUCCCUUGAUGCAGAACACCAGUUUUUAAACUAGCAUGAAGGUAGCAUACAGUUUACAUGAUGGCUGCAGACAUCUAGCAACCAAAAUUUUUUGCAGCUAUUUAUUCAGUGUUGUUCUGUCAGCUUACCUCGUAUUAGUGUUUGUUUAAAGGCUGACUUGUCAAGAGAAUAAGGGGGAGAGGGAAAAUAUAUUUUUUAACACUUCGGGUUCUCUAGCUGUAGAGUCUUGUUUUCUGUACGGUCGGUCAGUCACAGGGUGGUUUGUCACGGAGCAUGCGUUUGAAAAUACUGAGUAAAAAGUUGACGUUCAGCUUCAGUGUGACCUGCUCCAUAUUUUUACAUGAAGACAAAGUACAGAUUUCUUCCCGAGCAAAGCUCAUAAUGGUAAUGGAUCUCUCUGAUACAGGUAUCAGCCUCCCUGGCUAUGUCCAGGGCUCUGACAGCGGUCAGUAAGGCUGAGGAUCAGUGGAGAGAAAGGACAGGGGUAAGGGGUCAAGAAAUCCCUGGCUUCUCCGUGUUUCAGAAGUCACUUGGAAAGCACAAUAGCCCUAAAUAGCCUGCAGCUUUGAUGCAGCCAGAGGCUGUCCCUCUGGCAGAAAACUGAUGGAGGCAUGGGAAACAUAGGCUGAUGAGGGACGAAAAAGGGAGAGAAAUGGCAGUAGCUCAUUUCGCUGUUCAGCGGGUCUGUGCCAGAGAGCUCUCAGGAAGGGUAUGAGCUGUGCCUCUGGGAAGAGUACUGUCACUGGGCUUUGGAGGGUUCCUGGCAGUUCUUGUUGUAUAGAGGAUGAAUGAAAGUGAGUGAGCUAAUCAUGCUCCAAAUUGUUUAUUUCUGAUAGGACUGUAUUCUUGGCUUUACGCUACUACUUUAUAUAGCAAAGUGGAAAUGGUCUUUUUGACAUAUUGUCAUUGAGCAUUGAUACUAUUACAAUGCACAUGGUAGAAUUUGUGAAGAGGUAAUGUUUGUCCACUUAAACUGAUUCUCCUGUUCUUUAUAUUCUUGCUAGGCACUUUACUACAGCCUUUUGUGUAACUUCUGUAUUUUUUUUAAAGACUGCUUUUUACCUACUGUACAGUUACUAAUCUACUUUUUGCUAAAAGAAAGUAAUAGCCCUGAUAUUUGUCUUGCAGUAUGACUGCAUGUCAAGCUUCAGUGGAAGUUGGACAAGUUCUACACACUCCUCAGAUGGGAUUGAGUCUCCCUAAUGACAACAGAGCUAAAUUUAUUUUGUAUAUAUGUAAACAGUCAUGUGAAACAUAGCCCCCCACGUGCAUUAAGAAGCUUCCCUGAUGUGUAGGUUAGGAUAGAUCCAAUACACAUCUGCACUAGAGGUGGCGCACACACAUUGUGUCAGGUGAUGUGCUGGUGAGGGAGUGUUCAGUCUUCACAGAGAACUAUUUUUAUGAAGAAAAUGGAACACCUCGAUGUUAAACACAGGUGCUGCUAUGCAGUUCAUUUCUUUAACUUGAGAGAAAAACCAUGGUCCAGUUUAAGCUGCAGAUUGAUAGUUCUUUAAUACCCUGUAACUAUGGGCAGGUAAUUAAUGAAAUUGCUAAUUGUUUUUUACUGUUUGCAUACUUAAAAUCAGGGUCUUCAAGCAAGACUUGAGACAGGUUGCAGGAAGUAAGUCUGGCUUAGUGCAUGGUGUGCUGUAGCUGUUAUGAUCAUUAUUUGGACUGAGAGUUCUUGCCCUGAUUUAGUUGGCUGGUGUGCUAGAGUGUGUGUGUGAGGAAUAUAUUUGUACAUUAAUUCAGUGUAUAACUUUGCCACUUGUUAAUGUAUUGCUCACAUAAAUAAAUGCUUCAUGUUCAGCAAGUCA